AUCUAAAGAGAGGCGGCCGCCCUCUCUCUCCCUCGUCCAUCUCAUUCUUGCCUCUCUCUCUCGAUUCCUUCUUCCAGAAAACACACCAAAACCCUCAACUUCUCCUCUUCCAAAAAAUAAACGAAACCCUAAUCUUAUCCCUCCUCUAGCCAUCGCCGCCGUCACUCUCUCCUCAUCCAGAGAACACAAACCCUAGCCUCUCAACCGCCGCCGCUCUCUCCUCUUUUCCUCUCGCCAAACCAGAAAUCCAUCUGGUUCCUCGUCGCCGCCGCUCUCUCCUCUCACCUUUAGCCUCUCAACCGCCGAUCCCUCUUCUUCUUCCUACCUCUCGUGCUCUUUUCUUCUCUAUCCCAGAAAGCAAAAACCCUAGCCUCUUUCCUAUGCCGCCGCCAGCAAAACGACCCGGGUGAAGAAACUCCUCGGAGCUUCUCCUUUAGCCGCCGACCCUUUCUCUCCUCGAUAUGACGUAGGUCGCUAAAAAUCGAGCGGGAGACCUUCGAUCUAGGUAAGAUCGUUGCAUGCAAGUCUAUUUUCUUUUGAUUUCUGGGUUUUUGAAUGAGGUUCUAACCCUUUUUCUUGUUUUUCUUUCGGAGAUCGAUCCAAAACCGAGGAGGGACUCUCGAUCUACCUCUUUCUACUCUCGGUUAACUCUUCGGUGAGCUUCUCUUAAACAUGCACGCUUAGAUCUAAUUUUUUUCACACAAGACGUGAUUUUAAUCUUGAUUUUUGUUUGGGUUUUUGGUGUUGGACGAGGGGUGAAGGAGGGCGAAGACCAGCGGCGACGUCCAGACCAAGGGACGGUCGACGAUAGGUUCGGACUAAUUUUUUUUUGGGGUUUAUUCGUAUUUUUUUAUUUCGUAUUUUGGGUUUUAAUAAAAAUUUUAUUUCAGUCGGGUGGAGGAUGAGGGACUCUUUGGUCGCCGAGAUCUCCGUCGGCAAAGUUCAGCCGACGAAGUCAGGUGAGAAUUUUAUUUUUUUUAUUUUAUUUUUGUUUCGGUUUAUUACCUCUUUAAUCUAUUCUGACCUCUACUUUUGUUUUGAUGCAGUUAUUGGAAAUGGACAGAUCUGGGUAAGGUUGUCCUAAACUCGGGUUAAUAUGAUUGGGGUGGUUGAACUAAAAAAGGAAAGGAUUGUGUUUCGGUUUAUAUUUGGUUUACAAAUAUGUGGUUUGGAAAUAUGUUGUAUGUGUGUUUGAUGAUCUCGAAUAUUUUCAUGCUUGGUGGUUUGGUUGAUGGUUUUAGAAGUAACUCCUAAUCUGCUAGAAUUUGGUAAGAAAGGAAUUUUCUUUAAUGAGAAGUAAUUAAUAUGUUCUAAAAUGCUUACUUUGACGAAUAUAAAUCACAGCCUCUGCAUGUGAUUUGCUAAAAUAUUGACCACUAAUCACUGUUUGUGUUUAUGAUUUUAUUUGAUGUAUGAUUUUCGAUUGAUUAAAGAACUGGUAAAAGUUUGUGAAUCAGAAAUUUAUUAUGUUUAUGGUGUUUUUGUUGGGGGUUUGGAUUUGGAUCUAGAUCUUGAUCUAAAGAGAUCAAAACUUUAUCUAUUUAUACUACUUAAAUUUGUUUAUGUAUGAUAAUAUUGUGGUUAUCGACUCUAUAGCAAGAAGGGAAAUUAAAACUAGGAAAAUUUGGCUAUAAUAACUGCUUGUAAAAUAAAAAGCGGAGUCAUGAUGUAUGCUAAGCAAGUAUAGUCAAUAAAUAACUAAUUGCUAACCAUAAAGAGCAAUAGUAAUUAGUGAGCACUUAAAUGGAGGGAAGAUGAAAAAUGGAUAUUAGAUGAAAGAAACUAAUAUGAUAGAGACACUAGUAGUUAAAAGGAUAUGGACAAGUGAUUGAUCGUAAAUGGUUCUACUUGUAUUAUUAUCUAAAUAGACGAAAGAGUACAAAUCUGUAACCUUGGACCUCAGGAUCCUUUGCUUUUGCCUCUGGCUCGCCCACCUCGCUUGUAAAACGAAAAUGGAAGAUGUCUAUGGAUUCUCUAAGAAAGAACGAUGAAAUCUGUGUUUUCUCCCCUUUUCCCCUCUGCUAAACAAGAGCUGAAAGAGAUCAUUUAUAGUAAAAAUGACGAGCCACGUGUCAUUUAUUGAUUGGUCAUUGUUGAGGCUGAAGUUGUGUUGCCUCUUCCUGAUUGGUCAAAUUUAAGGCCGCAUCUCAGGCCUCCACCUACUAAAGUCGGUUCUGACUUGUCAGGGCCUAUUAUGGAUAUGGUUAUCCAUUGGCUUCGGGCCGAGUUGGGCCUGCAGUUACGGGCCUGAGCAUGGGUUUGGUCUACUCCUGAACCUGGGCUUCGUUUUGGGCCGAACUGGGCUCUGAUUCUGGGCUUUAACUAACUGAUUCUUCUUCUUCUCUCUUUUUUUUUUUUUUUUUUUUUGCAGGUGCAUUGCUGAUGGUCUUCCACUCUUCCUUGCGUUGGGCUGGGCUUGAUUCUUCACUUUUAGAUAGAAAAUAUUCUUUCUUUCAAAUUGUAUUUGAGGAUUGUAUCUGUAAAUUGGAACUCUUUGUAGUGAUGUAUGAUUGUGUCGAUCUUCCAAUUCUUCGUUGAUAUUCUUCUAGCUUUAUCAUCGAACUUUGAAUAAUUUUGGUUUCUUUGAAUUGCUAACCAUGACCCAUGUUGCUCCUCGAUUUGGUUUUAUGAACCAAGUUUAUUGUGUCACACUUCUCGAUUGAAAGCUUAGUUUGAUAUUCCCGUGAUAGAUAUUAGACCGGACAAAAUGUGGUGUCUACAAACCACAUUAAAUUCGUGUUCGUUUGUGGAACUCUGGAUUAUCGUUUGCACGCUUCUGUUCUGACAAGUGGUAUCAGAGCCUUUUGUUGCGGUUUUGGGAAUUUGGCGCUGGACUGAAGUUUUUCUUUGUGGAGUUUGGUUGGAGUUUAUUUGAUAGUAAGGAUGGCUGAUAUCAGUAUGAAGAUUGAUAAGUUCACUGGGAGAAACAGUUUCAGUUUGUGGCAGAUCAAAAUGCAAGCACUGUUAAAACAACAGGGUUUGUGGGCUCCGUUGUUUGAAAAUUCGAAGAAGAAAAGCAUAGAUGAAGAAGAGUGGAUUAGUUUGGAGGAGAAAGCUCACUCUACAAUCUUGCUUUGUUUAGCUGAUGACAUCAUCACUGAGGUUGCUGCUGAGAAGACUGCCGCGGGUUGUGGUUGAAGCUUGAAAGUCUAUACAUGACAAAGUCUUUAACCAACAAGUUGCAUAUGAAGCAACGUUUGUUCAGUUUGAGUAUGGAGGAAGGUACAUCUCUCAGGAAUCAUCUAGAUCAACUCAAUACUAUAUUGUUAGAUCUGCGAAAUAUUGAUGUUAAAGUAGAUGAUGAGGAUGCUGCCUUAAUUCUGUUAGUAUCUUUGCCACAGUCAUAUGAGAAUUUUGUGGAUUCUUUUAUUGCUGGGAAAGAUAGUUUGUCUUUGGAAGAUGUUAGAUCUGCUCUACAUACUAGAGAGGUUCGACAUAAGGCGUCUGGUUCUGGUUCGGAAAAUUAGGCAUCUGGGUUGGCUGCUACGAGUAGUAGGAGACAACAAUCUGGUAAUAGGAAGACGAAUACAAAUUCGAAUUUUGCUGGUGUGAAAGAUGAUAUAUGUCAUUACUGCAAGGAGAAAGGACAUUCGAAAUUUGAUUGUCCUAAACUGAAGAAAUAUCAGGAGAAGAAGGAAUCAUCUACUGCUGUGGCGGAAGAAACUAACUCUGAUUCUGAAGAUGGUUAAGCCUUAGCAGUGAAUGAACAGGUACAUCAUCAGGAUGUAUGGUAUUCAGAUACUGCAGCUGAUUAUCAUAUGUGUCCAAGUAGGGAGUGUUUUCAACUUAUGACCAGAUAGAUGGAGGACAUGUUUCUAUGGCCAAUGGUGCUAUCUGUAAGAUUGUUGGAAGAGGCUCCGUCAGGAUGAGGACACAUGAUGGUUCUGUUCCCACCUUGAACAAUGUUAGACAUAUUCCAGAGAUGACUAAGAAUCUGAUAUCUUUGAGUCUACUCGACAGCAAGGGUUUCAGUUUCAAAGGUGAAGGUGGAGUGUUGUCUGUCUACAAGGGUUCUGAGGUGAUUUUGAAAGGUGUCAAGCGUGGUGCCUUGUAUAAUCUACAAGAUUCUGUUUUGAUAUGUUCUGUUGGUGAUAAGUGCACCAAGCUGGUUUUGAAUGGCAAGUCAUGCUCAGACUUGCCAAAUGGUUUGAGUUGUUGACCGCCCUUAGGGGCAUUUGGAGGCAGGGGAGAUUCUGGUACAACUGAUUUGGAGGAGUUGGGUACAUCUGGCAACUUUGGUUGCAUCUUGUACAUUUGGUAUUUGAGAGAGAAUUCAAGUCAAGGUGGAGAUUGUUAGAAUAUGACUUGAAUUUGAUUUGGGUUUGUUUUGUGUUUUGGGUCUAUUUUGUUUGGGUUUGUGUUUGGGCUUUGUUUGACCUUUUCCUUGUAUGUUUGGGAAAAUGUGUUUGGUUUUCUGUUUGGGAUUAGGAGAAGAGUUCUAUAAAUACUCUUCAUCACCCUAGUCUGUAGUAAGGUCAGUCAGGUUAGUUUGUUUGAAAUUUGGUUUGUAACCUGUACUCUCCUCAAAUCAGUGAAAUUUAUUCUCCCCUGCCCGUGGAUUAGCUAGCACACAUUGUGUUAGUGAACCACGUUAAAUUCGUGUUCGUUUGUGGAACUCUGGAUUAUCGUUUGCACGCUUCUAUUAUGACAAUAUGCAAGUAAAAUUUAGUGGUUAUGAUUUGGUUGUUUUAAAAGGACCGAAGUCAUCGUGAAGAUUGUCAAGAACCAGUUGAUCCCAAUAACUCGAGUUGUUGGGAGAGGUUCAAUCGUGGAUCAUAUACAACAACACUAACACACCCCCUCAAACGAAAGCCACUCACAAGGGCUUGAAGUUUGCACAAGUCUGAAGACAAGAAUACCAUGUGCUUAACAAAUGGGGGUCACCGGGAAUCGAAUACAAGACCUCUCGGUCAUAGAAGGCUCUGAUACCAUGUCAAGUAGGGUGGGGUGUGGUUACCCACCCACAUUUUGCGGGUACCCACACCCACAAAUUUACAAUUAUGCUACCGACAACCCGCACCACAGUGGUUAGUGGGUAACCACUACCCACUGUGGGUUUGUGUGGGUUGGGUGUGGUUACCCGCAAAAUCCAUCUUUACAAGCAUAGAGUUCUAGUUGUCACUAACGUAUUUGUUGUUCGUAACUAGAUUAUAGUGAUAUACACUUGUGUUGUUCAUGGAGAUACAAUUUUGUACAUCGAUCUUACUCAACGUGGAGAUUUUUUCUUUUUGAGUUUGGCAUUCAACUUUGUGUCAGAGAGCUGUGAUUUCAUAUUUCCCCGACUAGAGGUGAAAUAUGACAAUUAAAUAUGAUAUUGUAUAUUUUCACACAAAAGCAAAAACAUACUGAUAAAAGUUAGGUGUUCACUUUUAAUGAAUUGAUUAUUCUCCA